AUGUUUUUCGAUACGGAGCACAACUCAGUCGACACUGUGCUAAACUCUUUACGCGGCACAUUCUCCGAGACUGCGCUCAAGAUGUGGGCUUACCUACGAUGUUUGUCUGCGUCUACGCGACUCUCAGUGAAUCUCAUCAUCGGGACUAUUAAAAAAGUCGUGGACAUCGCAUUCCUAAUCUUAACGAGUAAGUGGAGGAAGAAGCGGUUCGAGAAAUAUGCGUGCGAGAUUCGCAAGGGGCAGGUUAUUGCCACCGGAUAUUCUGCCUUUUUGGAAGUGUUGGGUCGACGACAGGCUGGGUAUGGCGAGGUGAUUGCUUGGUUAAAAGAGGAGACUGCUCGUCUUGCUACGACCAAAUGA